AUAAGAGCUUAUUUGCCAUAUAAUUGAUAAUUUAAAAACAAAUUCUAAAAAUAUGUCUCCCAUAUCAAUUUUUAAAAUUAUUUUUCUUAUCAUUAAAAAAACUAUACUAAAAAAUUACAUAUUUAAACUUUUGAAAUUGAUUACCCGCGCAGACUGCAAUCGGCCGGGAGCAGUUUGCCAGGACCCACGUUUCGUGGGCGCCGACGGAAUCGCGUUCUACUUCCAUGGCAAAAAGGGCCAAGACUUCUGCAUAGUCACCGAUUCCAAUCUCCACAUCAACGCUCACUUCAUUGGCAAACGCAAAUCCAACAUGAAGAGAGACUUCACAUGGAUCCAAUCUCUAGGAAUCCUCUUCGACUCUCACAAACUCUCCAUCGCUGCCCAAAAAACCCCAAUCUGGGACGACUCUGUCGACCGACUAUCCCUCUCCUUCGACGGCGAACCGGUUCUCCUCUCCGCCUUCUCCGGCGCCACCUGGCAGCCCUCCGCCGUCUCCGGCGUCUCCAUCACCAGAUCUCGCGAUGCCAAUUCAGUGGUGAUCGAAGUCGAAGAGAAUUUCAAAAUAAAAGCGAAUGUUGUUCCGAUUACUGAGAAAGAUUCGAGAGUGCAUAACUAUGGAGUCACCGAAGAGGAUUGUUUCGCACAUUUAGACCUAGGGUUUAAGUUUUACUCGCUCAGCGGCGGCGUUAAUGGCGUUUUGGGGCAGACUUACGGCGGCGAUUAUGUGAGCAAGGUGAAGAUGGGGGUUGUGAUGCCGGUUUUGGGCGGUCAUAAGGAAUUUGGAUCUUCGAGCCUCUUUGCUGUAGAUUGCGCUGUUGCGAGAUUCAAUGGGAGCUUCAAUUCGUCAGGCGGUUUCGAGUAUGGUGAUUUGAAUUGUGGGAGUGGAAUGGAUGGUAGAGGAGUUGUAUGCAAGAGAUGAAUCAAUCUCUCUGUGUGAGAUUAUAUAGAGAUGUUUUUUAUAUUGUUGUGUGCAAAUAAGGUCAGGAUCUAGUAAGAGUUCUGUGGCCACUGUUUUGAACGAUUUCCAAAUAAGGAUCUACUAAUGGAAAUUAAUUUGUGUUUUUUUUCUUUCUUUCUUUUUACUUAUGUUGUAUACAGAUUAUGGUACAAGGAAUA